ACCGUCUUGAUGUGACGUCACCAGGCAGCCGGUGCUUCGCAGUGGGCGUGGUUUGCUGACGCAUUGCGGUUUCCUCCCCGGUGCGUAAACGGAGCGGAGAGGCACGGGCGCGCACGCGUGUGUACGCUGUUGAUCCAUGUGUGUGUGCGCGUGCACGUGUGCGGAGCAGCUCGCAGCGGUGUGUCUCUUUCACUGAAGCCGGGGCCGAAGCCGAAGCAUCCGGGCCGGACCGCGCAGAGAUGCGGACACGCAGCCUCAGCUCGUCGCUGGUGUCACGGUGAACGCACCGCUGAGCUCGUUUCUCUGUGGGUUCUAAUGGCGGUGUUGAAGUGGAGGUGAGCGGCACCGUUGCUCGGGGGAGUGCGCACUUUUUUCCCCUCGCUGUUUUUCCAGAGGAAGCGACCAAAACAGACAACUUCGCCUUUUGCUCUUUCUUCUCCUGCUGGUUCUUGUACGAGGAGCCAUGACGACGGGACAGGAUGACAGCUCAGUCCGUGUGGCGCUGAGGAUUCGUCCGCAGCUGGCCAGAGAGAAGAUCGAGGGAUGUCACAUCUGUACGUAUGUGAUGCCCGGGGAGCCUCAGGUGAUCCUGGGGAAGGAUAAGGCCUUCACCUACGACUAUGUGUUCGACAUGGACUCCCAACAGGAAGCCAUCUACACUUCAUGCACAGAGAAGCUCAUCGAUGGCUGCUUCGAAGGUUACAACGCCACCGUCUUCGCAUACGGACAGACGGGUUCAGGGAAGACCUACACCAUGGGGACGGGCUUUGAUGUCAACAUCGUUGAGGAAGAGCUUGGCAUCAUCCCCCGCGCAGUCCACCACCUAUUCAAAGGCAUCGAGGAGCGCCGACAAGCUGCCCAGGAUCAGGGACGCCCUGUACCAGAGUUUAAGAUCAAUGCCCAGUUUCUCGAGCUUUAUAAUGAAGAAGUUCUGGACCUGUUUGACUCAGCACGAGACAUCAAGCAGAAAUCUCACAUCAAAAUUCAUGAAGACGCCACUGGAGGAAUCUACACCGUAGGAGUGACCACACGCACCGUGUCCUCCGAGGCUGAGAUGAUGCAGUGUCUGAAGCUGGGUGCUCUGUCUCGCACCACAGCCAGCACUCAGAUGAAUGUCCAGAGCUCUCGUUCUCACGCCAUCUUCACCAUCCACCUAUGCCAAGUCCGCGUUUGUGCCUCCGACAAUCAAGAAAAAGAGACUGAUAACAGAGUCUCCAACGGAAACUCUGAGCUGGACGAGUACGAGACGCUGACAGCCAAGUUUCACUUUGUGGAUCUGGCGGGUUCUGAGAGGCUUAAGAGAACCGGAGCAACCGGCGAUCGAGCCAAAGAGGGCAUCUCCAUCAACUGUGGACUGCUCGCUCUGGGGAAUGUAAUCAGUGCUUUGGGUGACCGGGGCAAGCGAUCCGCACAUGUGCCUUACAGAGACUCCAAACUCACCCGGCUCCUACAGGACUCGUUAGGAGGAAACAGCCAAACAGUGAUGAUUGCGUGCAGCAGCCCAUCUGACCGGGACUUCAUGGAGACGCUGAACACAUUAAAAUAUGCCAACCGAGCCCGGAACAUCAAGAACAAGGUCAUGGUGAACCAGGACAAAGCCAGCCAGCAGAUCAGCGCUCUGAGGACAGAAAUAGCUCGACUGCAGAUGGAGCUAAUGGAGUACAAGACGGGUAAACGCAUGGUGGGUGAGGAAGGUGUGGAGAGCUUUAGCGAUAUGUUCCAUGAGAACUCUAUGCUGCAGACAGAGAACAGCAACCUGAGGGUGAGGGUGAAGGCCAUGCAGGAGACCAUUGAUGCUCAGAGGGCACGGCUCACCCAGCUGCUCAGUGACCAGGCCAACCAGACCCUUGCCAGGGCGGGUGAAGGAGGAACAGAGGAAAUUGGAAAGAUGAUUCAGAGUUACAUCAAAGAGAUUGAAGAACUGAGAGCCAAACUCCUGGAGAGUGAAGCUGUCAAUGAGAAUCUGAGGAAGAAUCUGUCUCGUGCCUCCAACCGUCAGUCGUUCUACGGAGGGUCCGGCCCUUUCUCCUCUUCGCUGCUGGCUCCUGAGAAGGAAACGUCUGACAUCAUCGAACUGGCCAAGAAAGACCUGGAGAAACUGAAGAAACGAGAGAAAAAGAAAAAGAAAAGACUCCAGCUGCUGUUGGAGGAGAGAGAGAGGGAGGAAAGGGAGGAGGUGGUGGAAGAGGUUGGGGAUGCCAGUGUCAACAAGGAGGAAAUUCCCGACAAUGAGCAAGAAAAGGGCACUGAGAAAGAAAUGUCGGAGCGAGCCAACGAGGACGCAGAAAUUGAGGUCCAGGAGGGCAGCGACCAUGAAGAAGGAGAGGAGGACGAGGAGGAGGAAGAAGAGGAGAUGGAUGUGGAGGAGAGCUCUGAUGAUUCUGACUCUGAGUCAGACGAAAAAGAGAACUACCAAGCAGAUCUGGCCAACAUUACCUGUGAGAUCGCCAUCAAGCAGAAGCUGAUCGACGAGCUGGAGAACAGCCAGCGGCGUCUUCACACGCUCAAACAGCAGUACGAGCAAAAGCUGAUGAUGCUGCAGUGCAAGAUCAAGGACACGCAGCUGGAGAGGGACCGUGUCCUCCAGAACAUGAAUUCUGUAGAGAGCGGCACAGAGGACAAGUCUCGUAAAAUUAAGGCUGAAUAUGAGAAGAAGCUGAGCGUCAUGAACAAGGAACUCCAGAAGCUCCAGUCUGCUCAGAAAGAACACGCCCGCCUGCUGAAGAACCAAUCACAGUACGAGAAGCAGCUGAAGAAGCUUCAGAUGGAUGUGGCAGAAAUGAAGAAGACGAAGGUCCGUCUCAUGAAGCAGAUGAAGGAGCAGCAGGAGAAAAAUAGGAUGAAUGAAUCUCGCAGAAACCGUGAAAUUGCCACCUUGAAGAAAGACCAACGCAAGCAGGAGCAUCAACUGAAGUUACUGGAGGCUCAAAAGAGGCAGCAGGAGCUCAUUCUGAGGAGAAAGACUGAGGAGGUGACGGCUCUGAGGCGGCAGGCCAGGCCUACCUCUGGUAAGGUCAUCAGGAAAGUCAAUCUCUCAGAUUCAGCCCAGGACUCCCCCCACAGACCCCCAUCCGGACGCAUGUACUCCUCCAGCAGCACUGGUCCCAACGGAACCCGUUUUUCCUACAGGCGUACAGUAGGUGUUUACUUCACCAGAGUUGCUCGUAAUAAAUGGCUGUCCCUCGAGCGGCGAGUCUGUGAUGUCAUCAUGCAGAGGAUGACCAUCUCCAACAUGGAGGCCGACAUGAACCGCCUCCUCAAGCAAAGGGAGGAGCUGACCAAGCGUAAGGAGAAGGUCAUCAGGAAGAGGGACAGGCUGGUGAAAGAGGGGCCAGAGGCAGAGAAGGCAGUGCCCCCCCUCAACGAAGAAGUGGACGCACUGACGGCCAACAUCGACUACAUCAAUGACAGCAUCGCAGACUGUCAGGCCAACAUUAUGCAGAUGGAGGAGGCCAAGGAGGAGGGCGACAUAGUGGAUGUCUCUGCUGUGAUUGGCUCUUGUACCCUUGCAGAGGCUCGUUUCCUCCUCGAUCACUUCAUUUCAAUGGCCAUAAAUAAGGGUCUGCAGGCGGCUCAGAAGGAGUCCCAGGUGAAGGUGAUGGAGGGCAGGCUGAAGCAGACGGAGAUCACCAGCGCCACACAGAACCAGCUGCUCUUUCACAUGCUGAAGGAGAAAGCAGAGUUCAACCCAGAGUUGGACGCCCUGCUGGGGAACGCCCUGCAAGAGCUAGGUAACAUUCCAGCUGACAAUGGGGACGAUAGCAGCAGUGAUGAGUCUGCACAGAGCCCUUCAGCAGAGGGAACUACUUUAACAUCAGACCUCAUGAAACUGUGUGGCGAGACCAAAACAAGGAAUAAGGCUCGUAGGAGGACCACUACCCAGAUGGAGUUGCUGUACGCAAACUCUGACUCUGCCCCCGACGUACCCACUGCGGACUUCUCCAGUCCGAUGCUGCCGUUAACUGAGACACCAGAUGGGGGAGGAGACAUGGACACAUCAGGCUCAUCAGUCAGGGACUACACCGCUCUCUCCCCUGGCUUUUCCUCUAAAAUGGGCAGCAUUUCUGGCUCCAGAACUUCGCCAGUGGUGGAAAAGCGAGCUCCGGAGCCUUCGCCGCUCUCUCGCAGGAAGACCUAUGACAAGGCGUAUGCAGCAGCCGACAGGGCAAAGGUCAAGGAGAUCAAACAGAAGGAUCGAUGCCUCCACCUGUGCUCCAGUCACAUUGUCCACGCUGUUUCAUGUCCUUGCUCCGACUCACCCAAGGGCGUCAUUAACCCGGUGCCGUCCACCAAGAGCAGCCGGUCCGCCACAUUGCAGUGUGUCCACGUAGCAGAGGGACACAGUAAAGCUGUUCUCUGUGUCGACUGCACCGAUGACCUUCUCUUCACUGGAUCCAAAGACCGGACAUGUAAGGUGUGGAACCUGGUGACUGGUCAGGAGAUAAUGUCCCUGGCCGGUCACCCCAACAACGUGGUGUCGGUCCGCUACAGCUCCAGUUUGGUCUUCACCGUCUCAACUUCCUACAUCAAAGUCUGGGACAUCCGCGACUCGGCCAAGUGCAUUCGUACGCUGACGUCCUCUGGUCAGGUUAAUGUUGGGGACGCCUGCGCGUCAAACACCAGCCGAACUGUCACCAUCCCAGCAGGAGAGAACCAGAUCAACCAGAUCGCCCUGAACCCCAACGGGACAGUUCUUUACACCGCCGCUGGAAACUCCGUCAGAGUCUGGGAUCUGAGAAGAUUUGCUUCCACUGGGAAACUUACUGGUCACCUCAGCCCAGUGAUGUGUCUGACUGUGGAUCAGACUGGAAGUAACCAAGACCUGGUGAUCACCGGCUCCAAAGAUCAUUAUAUUAAGCUGUUCGAUGUGACUGAGGGCUCUCUGGGGAGCAUCAGCCCUACACACAACUUCGAACCGCCACAUUACGAUGGUAUUGAAUCACUGGUGGUGCAGGGGGACAUUCUCUUCAGCGGCUCCCGAGACAACGGCAUCAAGAAGUGGGACCUGGACCGCAAAGACCUGCUGCAGCAAGUCCCCAAUGCUCACCGUGAUUGGGUCUGUGCGCUGGGCGUUGUCCCCGGCUCCCCGGCCCUGCUCAGCGGCUGCAGGGGUGGGGUGCUCAAGCUGUGGAACACAGACACACUAGGGACCCUGGGGGAGCUCAAGGGUCACGAAAGCCCCAUCAACAGCAUCUCUACCAACAGCAGCCACCUGUUCACUGCCUCGGAUGACCGGACUGUGAAGAUCUGGCGUGCACGCGGUGGACUGGACAGCACCUUAGAAGUGGUUGACAAUGCGGACGAGGUGGCAAGCAACUGAACAAAACGCCACCUGCUGGUUUGACUAUGGAAGGACAUCAACAGCAUCCUCUGAUGCUGCCUCCCUGCACUUUGACCCCUAACCCCAAUGCUCAGCCCUAAAACACACCUUCCUUGCUAUGUAACCUUUAUGACUGCGCUGAGAGGAAACACUAACGUCAAUAGCUGUUUUGUUAGACUCUGUGUUCUCAGAGGCUUCUGCUAAUCCCAUUUACUCCACUGUAUUGUUAAAGAGACUCUUUCCUCUCUCGUCUGCACUGUAGACAGUUCUCUACCAUUAUAAUAACUCACAGAAUGUUUAAGAGUUGAACACAGCUCUGCAUAUAUCCAGUGCUGUGCAACGAAACAACACAACUACAGACGCACAACUACCCAGGGGAAGGGUGGCCGUGUGUUGUGGUAGAAAUAAACAGGAGGAAGAGAAGCGUUGGAGGAGGAGAAGGUGGCAGAGCUAACAGGUUGGUAGCUGGUCUUCACAACCCAGUUCUCCAGUGUCUUUGGAUUGUUUCUCUGCACUUGAAGCAGGACCAAUGUCCCCAUGCUUUUUUUACCCCCACUACUAUCAAAAGUGUCUUUACUUUGUGUGAAAUAACAAAUCACCUUAACGUCUCUUCCUAACUGCUUGUCUUUGCUGUCCUGCACUGCACUCGUGAACAGAACACACUAUACAGUCACAAGCCCGCUUCAAGCAGAAGUCUGACAUUCUGGGGGAUGUGAUUGUUUGCUUGCUUGCUGAGAGUUGUUUCUGUUUGACACAGGUUUUAAUCGCCUCCCACUCUACUGGGCAGUGAUGCGAACGUGACAAUCGGGUAAAUGCUUUAAGACAGAGAGAUGAGAGAGCGCCUUUGUUUUCUGUGCGUUUGUGACAUUGAACACAACGCACUGGGGGGGGGGACAGAAAGGCAAAUGACAAUGGAGGAAGGGUCAAUCGCCUUUUUGCGGAUUUACCUUUGUUUUGAAAAACCUGUGUGUACCCGCUAAUUCCUGUGUAAACAAGGUAUAUCACGUGAAAAUCAAUACCAAAUCAAUAUUGACUACAGCCAUAGCUUAGCAUGAAGACUGGAAAGAUCUUGAAGCAGCUCAAUCCAAAUGUAACAAAUGAAUGAUACAAUUCCCUCCAGAGAUCAAUAAUUAACACACAAGUGUUGACAAAUUGUGUUUGUACAAGGCAGUUUUUAUUCUCCAAGUUGAGUCGCUUCCUUUUCCAACUCCUUCCAACAUUGAUUUCGGUCCGGGUUUUAUUUAUGCCAGGCUAAGCUAAAUGGCUGCUAGCUGGAGCUUCGUAUUUACUGGUAUUGAGCUGGUCGUCUAACUCUCAGCGAGCAGGCAAAUAAAUGUAUUCCCCCAAAGGUCGAACUGUUCCUUUAACUCUUGAGCACUUGUGAAAACCGACGUGAUAAGUAUUUGACAUUUCUUAAAUAUGAGCAGGAUAUUCUACACCUGUUUGUUUGUAUGUAAAACUUGCGUGUUCACUCUUCACACGUUGCUGUUAACACUCACUUGAACCUACACUACUGAGUCUGUGUCCUGCUGCUAAGUCAUGUGCUCACCUUCCUUCACCCUAUAAGAGGGCUUCUUGUCGUGGACUCCAGGUGAGGUCCACUCGGUACUGUAGCAGUGUGUAUGUAUAUAUAUAUAUGUAAUAGUAUCUUUUAGAUUUUUUUGGAGAGGAGAGACCCUCAGACUUUGCCCGAGUAGUGAGCCUAACCCCCGUCUGAUCCUCGUGGGGCCUUCCCAGAGACACUCACUGUCUCCCUGAUCUGUCUAUCACGAUCGUGUGCCGUCACUUUUGAAUGUUCUGUGAAACAGCAGCUGUAGACGUUCUUCAAAUACAUAUCUGAUGUACGUAAACAAUGUGUUUUGAAAAGAAUCUGACUGAAUGUUAGCUUUGUGGGACCACCGAUCUGAACACAGUCUCACGCGAGAGGCGAGAGGACCAGAAUUGGCAGGAAGACUGACGAGCAUCAAGUUACACUUUGGACGGAGCUUUUCCUCCAGUGUUUUGUUUAGUGGCUAAAGGUUAGUGUUUCUUUUCUUUUUUUUCUUUCUUUGUUUCGUUAUGCUGUCCUUGUUCCACAUUUUGGGCCUUCCCCUCUGGAGUUUUAGUUGCCAGUCCCAAGUGGCAGACUCUAGCGAUUCUAAUGUCAGAUGCCUGGUGAGAAUAAACGCCAUCUGUCAAA